AGGCAGGGGAGGAGGGGGGACGGCGGGCACUCAGACCAGCCCAGCCUCGGGCAGGGAAGCGUGUGUUCCUGGGGCCGGGUGCGCAGUAGGCGCCGCCGCGGCCCCGGACGCUUGGGGGCGCGGACGGUCUGCGCGACACUGGGGGACAGCACUUGGCCUCCCACGGCCCCUGCAGCCUGGCAAGCCUCCCACAGAGCCCUCGGCCGCCGUCCUCCCUGGUAUCACGCACCACCACCCCACUCCCCCAAACUUCCCGGGACACCUUUAGCGCCCAGGUCCCUGCCCAGCGUCCGUGGCCGGGGAAGACGAACUUGUGGAGCUUGUGACAGAGCUUCCGUUCCGUGGCCCCGCCCACGGCCAUCGUGGGAGGGACUGGGCAGGGGGUGGGAUCAGAGGCGAGGCCCGGGCAGGGGCCACGGAAAGCGCUCGGCCCCGCGACUUGCUUGGAGCUCAGAGCCUCGGAGGUGCGCGCGCGCGCAGUUACAGCUGGGUUCCAGCGCUGCGAGGGCUCCCGCGGCCCGAGGUCUCUCGCGCUCCGAGGGCUCCCGCGGCCCGAGGUCUCUCGCGCUCCGAGGGCUCCCGCGGCCCGAGGUCUCUCGCGCUCCGAGGGCUCCCGCGGCCCGAGGUCUCUCGCGCUCCGAGGUCUCCCGCGGCCCGAGGUCUCUCGCGCUCCGAGGUCUCCCGAGGCCCGAGGUCUCUCGCGCUCCGAGGGCUCCCGCGGCCCGAGAGCUCCCACGACCCGAGGUCUCCCGCGGCCCGAAGGCUCCCGCGACCCGAGGUCCCGCCCCCACCAUGCGGCUGAGAAGUCCCGGGAUGUUCCUGCUGCUGCUUGGCGCCCUGCAAGCCACAGAUAUCCAAGAGCAAGAAGUCAGAGCGCUGGUGGGCAGCGACGUCAAGCUCAGCUGCGGUUUCCACGAAGGACACACUUUUGAUUUAGAUGACCUCUAUGUGUACUGGCAAAUCAGCAUCAUGGGCCACCCAACGACCGUGACGUACUACCUCUCUGGGAACAGCUCGGCCGGCCUCGAGGACAACCGCUACAGGGACAGGGCCUGGCUCAUGCCGGAGAGCAUGAAGCACGGCGACUUCUCCCUGCAUCUCUACAACGUCACCCCCCAAGAUGAACAGAAGUUCAACUGCCUGGUGUUUAGGAAAUCCUUGCAGUUAAAAAAGAUUUUGGAGGUGAUGGUGACGCUGCACGUGGCAGCAAACUACAGCAUGCCCGUGGUCCAGGUCCCAAGCGGCCUGUCCGAGGACGAGGAGCUCACGCUCACGUGCACAUCUAUGAAUGGCUAUCCGAAGCCAAAUGUGUACUGGAUCAACAAGACGGACAACAGCAUGCUGACCGAGGGCCUGCAGAACAGCACGGUCUUCCUGAAUGCACGGGGCCUGUACAAUGUGGUCAGCGUCCUGCGGAUCAGGCGGACCCCCAGUGUGAAUGUCGGCUGCUGCAUAGAGAACGUCCUUCUGCACCAAAACCUGACUGGCAUCGGCCAGGCAGGUAAGGUCCUCCGGGGUCUGCCAGUGGAAGCCAGCCCAAGACUGUGGGCCUGCAGUGACUCGGAGGACAGGCCCCUGCAAGAAACACCCAGGGCAACCAAACCCAGCAACACGGGGAGCCACACCGGCGUCCACAGAAAGGGCCACGGGACGGUGCUGAGCGCCCUGGCUGUGCUGGGCGUGGUCGUGGUGGUGGCCGCGGCCGUCGGCUGGGUGUGCAGAAGCAGGUGCCGCCCCCACGGGAUCCACGCCAGGUGCCGGCCUGCCAGGCCAGAGCAGGCAUUCUCUGGGCCACCCUCCCCACUCCACCCCCACGGGGGGGCUUGAACUAUGUUUGACGAGAACUCACCGCCCGGGAGGUGGACAAGGGCUUCUAUGAGAUGCCACCGGGAGGGACGGCGGACAGCAGCUGGAGAAUUGACUCGGGCAGGCCUGGUGGCCCAGGGGGACCGUCUGCCCCCAUCGGCACCGUUAACAAGGGGGCUUCGUGGACACGGGGCCUCUCCGGCCUGAAGGGGCACGCAGGGCCGUGCCUGACCCCAGGGACAGUGUUCCAGGGGCUGCCCCGAUCCUGGAAUGAGGACCUUUUGAAAGAGUCAGCAGCUCCAGAACGCACAUGCCCCCCAUGUGGGCAGGCUCCCCAGCUCUGGGGCUUCGUGAUGGCUCCCCCCACCACCCCCCUGCAGCCCAUGGGGCCCUUCUUAAUAUCCAAAACCUGCGGGGGGUUUGGGGAGAUGGAGGUUUUCUGAGACCAGAGGAGGGCGUCUUAUUUAGGAAGAAGAGAGAGGGUGCGGGCUUUUCCGCGACUAUCCUGCUGGGUGAAGGUCACUCAAGGGUGUCUGUGGGACACGAAGGUGCAGGAGCCCCAUUCCACCUGCACCCCGAGAUGUAGGACCUGUGUGUCUGCACACGUGUGUGUGUCCAAGAUGCAGGAAAUGGUCAACACUGCAAAAUCCCUGAAUGGCUCCUGGGAAUUUGUGUUCCUCCGGGACCUUCACUGGGAAGAAACCCCAACCUUGUUUGUUUUGGUCAAAAGCUGGAUUUCCCUCCUAAAAAGACAGUGGAAUUUUUCGAGAAGACAGUCUGCUGCUGGGGCCACCAUGGCAGGAGCCGCGGCCUCCGGGGAAACCCAGAAACCCGCUCAGGCAGGAUUGGGAGCUCGCGUCUCCGGUGGACACGGGCUUUGCCAGGUGGCCAUCGAGGGCCUUCAGAGUGGCGCCAUGACCCGCACGGAGGAGGCGUUCUCCCGGCAGAGCGGCAGCGGGUCAGAAUGUGGCGCUAAUUCCAUCCACCCUCUGCACCUGUCACCCCUGCCCCCCCCCCAGAACCGACGUAAACGCCAGGCCCCUCAGAGCCCCCGGGCCAAGCAGCGGACAGCAGAAGUAUGCAGCCCACAGCUCUGAUGGUUUCCACGUUGUGGCCCCAAAUGAACCUCGCCACUCGUGUUCCCAGAAGGUUCUGUGAAGGAGGCUGCCAGGUCACGCGGGUGUGCGCACCCUGUGGGAAACGCAGCCUGUCGUCCCGCCUGGGGUCACUCAGCACUGGUGGCACCCCAUGGGAAACGCAGCCUGUCGUCCCGCCUGGGGUCACUCAGCACUGGUGGGCGGACGUCAGAAGCCUGCAGGCCCCAGACCCGGACCGGGACAAACACGAGGACCGGGCUCAAGGGCGAAGCUGUUAUAAGAAAUUGUUCGUUGUCUAUUUUUGUGCCCAGAACUCCUCACACGGCUCUGACAUGAGUGUCAUGUGCCAGACCACGUGAAGCAUUAGAAGGGACGUGUCGCUACAGAGGGACGGGGUCACGGGCAUCCGGAGCAAAAAGCACAAAGUGACCGCUGGGUGUGGAAGGGCGUGCGGAGCCUGCCUGCAGCCCUGGGCCCUUCCCCGGGGGGAGCCACCCUGCAGCCCCCCUGCAGCAGACCCUGCUCGCCGGGCACCCACCCAGGCAGGACCCUGUGGUCUGGUUCCGGCUCCUUCGGGUCUGGGAAGAUGUACAGUGACCCCUUGCCCCUCAGCCUGGACAUCACCGUCUGCUCCUCACGCUGUGCUUUGGGCAGGCCGGAGGCCAAUGUUCUCGUGUCUGCCUCUGGAAACCCGAUUCACGAGAAUACAAGAUGGAAGCGGUGUCUGUGUCUAGCGGCUUCGGUCAGCGCAGCAGGUGCCUGCGAGUAUUGUCCUUCCUGCUCCUCCAGGGCCCUGCCCCAUUGGUGUUCACCCCGGGGGACGCUGGGCAAGGUCUGGUGGCAUUUUUCGGUUGUCACACGUGGGGUUGCCACUGGCCUUUAAUGGGUAGAGGCACCCAGGACGACCUGCCACAGAGAAGUACCCCCCACCCCGGGGGUCCGUGUCUGAGAGCGAGAAUCCCUGCCCUGCGCAGUCACCUGCCCCUGGGAGGCAGGGCAAGCGGGGCCUCCUGUCCCCUACCGCAUAGGGGCUGCCGGCCCACGGCUGUCUGUGGCGUAGGACAGGGGAUUCAUGGUUCACGGGUCCAGGCCAGGGAACAUCCCCCCUCAGGCUCCUUCCUGCUUGGCUCAGCUCCAUCCAGAGUCUCGAACCAUCUCACUGUGCUCAGUAUGUGGCCGGUGGGCGCCCAGCCUUGCUGUGGGGCAGAGGCCCCGCCCAGACGCCCAGGCCCUGGGGAAUCCUGGCCUCGGGGGGGCCCCUGGCUCCUGCCACAGCCGCCCAUCCUGCACAUAAGUGCGGUAAGACCCCUGGGGAGGAGGCCGGGCGAGCAUACAGGGCGGCUCAUCGUGAGGGCAGGGGACGGAAGCCUCAGCUGUGUGUGCGGCCUGAGCCAGACGCUUCUCCCUGCUGUAGGGUGAGGAGGCUGGGAAGAGCUGCUGCCCACUGGCCCUGCUGCUCAGAUGCUUCAACAACCCUGGCCAGUGUGUUUGGCCCCCACGCCAGGGAGGGCAGCUGCGGCUUUCGAAUGGCCAUUCAGGCCGGGGCUGGAGCCGGCAGGCGGGCUCUGGGCAGUGCAGAAGGUCCCCCAGCCCCACAUCUGGUCCCUCCCCCCCACCCCCCAGUUCCCAGCUUUCCAGAAACAGAAGGCAGCCACGCUGAGAUCUGAGGUCAUUCUGUCCUUAGAGACGGACUGCACUCUGACACCCCAACAGCACUAGAACCCCUGCCCCAGCUGCUCCCAAGCGUUCUCCAGCCCUGAUGCAGGUGCCCCCUGGCCCCCCGCCUUCACCCCGGCAUCCGGCCUCCUCAUUCCCACCCUCCCAGGGCCCGCGGGGCGUUAAUGUCAAGAAUCCAGGGGCCAGGAGAGGAGGCCUGGGGAGGGGGCUCCUCCUGCCACGUCCCUGGUUGGGAGGUCCUGGGAAGGACCCUUGGGCCCCUCACGGCACAAAGAGAGGGAAGCU